AUGGCUUCUUUGAGUUUGACCCAGAUCAGAGGGAGGAAUUCUGUGGCUGAGUUUAGUAGGCGGAGUUUGAGAACUCAACGUGGCAGGAGUAAAGCUGGGUUCUUGAGGGUGGCGGCUUCUCAGGGACAGGGUCAGGGAGAGCCCGAUUUGAGUGUUACUGUAAAUGGGUUGCAAAUGCCUAACCCGUUUGUUAUUGGGUCGGGUCCUCCUGGUACCAACUAUACUGUCAUGAAAAGAGCCUUUGAUGAAGGUUGGGGUGCUGUCAUUGCCAAAACUGUGUCACUAGAUGCAGCGAAAGUUGUAAAUGUAACUCCUCGAUAUGCUCGGCUAAGAGCAGGUGCAAAUGGCUCAGCCAAGGGGCAAAUUAUCGGUUGGGAGAAUAUAGAGCUCAUAAGUGACCGGCCUCUUGAAACAAUGUUGAAAGAAUUUAAGCAGUUAAAAGAAGAAUAUCCUGAUAGGAUUCUCAUUGCUUCAAUCAUGGAGGAGUAUAACAAAGCUGCAUGGGAGGAGCUUAUUGACCGAGUAGAGCAAACUGGAAUUGAUGCCUUAGAAAUCAAUUUCUCAUGUCCUCAUGGUAUGCCUGAGCGUAAAAUGGGUGCUGCAGUUGGUCAAGAUUGUACACUAUUGGAAGAGGUUUGUGGCUGGAUUAAUGCAAAAGCUACUGUCCCGGUAUGGGCAAAGAUGACUCCUAACAUCACUGACAUAACACAGCCAGCUAGGGUGUCUCUAAAAUCAGGAUGCGAGGGAGUGGCUGCUAUUAACACCAUCAUGAGUGUAAUGGGAAUAAAUCUGAAAACCUUACGGCCAGAGCCUUGUGUUGAAGGAUAUUCAACUCCUGGGGGUUACUCUUCCAAAGCAGUCCAUCCUAUUGCACUUGGGAAAGUAAUGAGUAUUGCCAAAAUGAUGAAAUCAGAAUUUGAUUUGGAGCAAUACUCACUUUCUGGUAUUGGAGGUGUUGAGACAGGCAGUGAUGCUGCUGAGUUUAUUCUUCUUGGAGCAAAUACUGUUCAGGUCUGCACCGGGGUUAUGAUGCAUGGAUACGGCCUUGUGAAGACACUCUGUGAUGAGCUUAAGGAUUUUAUGAAAAUGCACAACUUCUCAUCGGUAGAAGAUUUCAGAGGAGCAUCUCUCGAGUAUUUUACAACGCAUAUGGAUUUGGUUCGCCGGCAACAAGAAGCCAUACAACAGAGGAAAGCUUUGAAGAAAGGUUUGCAGUCUGACAAAGAUUGGACUGGAGAUGGUUUUGUGAAGGAGUCCGAGAGCAUGGUUUCUAACUAA